AUGGUCCCGCAGUUGUUAGAGGGUAAUUCUGACCCCUCCCCCCGGGUUUGCGGGGCCAACCGGGGGGCCUCCUGGUGCUUCCUCGGGCAGCUAGCACGAGCUCUUAUCCCAGAGAGAAAGGGACCCUUGGCUCAGGGCAACGUGGCCCCCCUCCCAGGGUCCCGGGAAACCUCAGCCCUGGGGUUUAUGGGCCCCCGGGCAGCGGUGGGUCAAGCUGCCUCCCCCGCCCAACGAGGAUGGGCACCCCCAAUGGCAGCCAGGGCCCAAGGCUGCCCCCCGGCCCAGGUUCGCAACAACUACAACCGGACACCCCCCCAACAGAUUGGUCCCCGCCUAAGAAAUCAGCCAGCAGACCCCGGCCCACACAGACUCCCCCCGCCUCCCCCAAGUCAACUAAGACCCCCUCCCGCCGUCAGACCGAAAACCAACAGACCCAAAGAAGACCAAGGUUGA